AUGGGACCAUUGAAGCAACAAGUAGAGUUGCUACAGAUGCAGGAGGUAGCGAAGGACGGAAGUGAUAGCAGGCAUAGCAGCCGUCAGGACGAGAAGGACAGGAGGAGCACUGGAACUAAGUCAAAAUAUUCCACAGGCGUACCUCCAGCUUCGCAGCAUGCACAACGUCCGCAAUCCCUAGAUGAAAAUCAGUAUUCCGCGCAGAGCGAACCCAUCCAGAGAUCUCCUACAUUCGAGGACGGUCGAGCCUUGCGUCAGCAAGCGGAAAGGGAUUCCGAGGGUAGAUUUACGAGGCAAAGUCGGUGUUCCUGGGAUGAGGUCCUCGACAAUUUUCAUCACCUGGUCAGGGGCAAAGCGGCCGAGUGGUAUUGGCAAUUUGUUCGUGAGCGACCGCCCGAGGUUUGGGAAUAUCUGAAGGACGAAAUUGUGGCCAGAUUUCGAGGCGUCGGUGGUGAGUUUGAGCGGCUACGCGCUCUCCAUGAACGGCAACAAAGACCUGGGGAAUCAGUCGAGGAUUAUUUCGGAGCCAUGAGGCGAUUAUCAACCAGACUUACCCAACCCAUGUCGGAGUCCGACAUGAUCCGGGUGAUUAAGAAAAGACUCGCUGAGGAUAUCGCUCGGUAUGUUUACGCAGUCAGGGUACGAAGCGUGGAGCAGCUUCGCGAAGAAUGCUUGGAAGUGGAAGACACUUUUGUCAGACGAGAGCCCAGGCCAGCAUACCGCCCGUCGCAGAAGUUUUCGUCCUCUGGAAAGAGAGUCGAAGAAAUCGUACCGGAACCGGAGUCGCAGGACAAGGAAGAAGAGGUGAUUUAG